UACUAGUAUAUAUUUGUAGACUUGGGGUUUUUGUGUUUUCUCUUGAAUAAUAAAUCCGUAAUUCUUCUUUGCUAAAAUGUCUACAAAACUUAAACAGGCGAAAGAUGAACCCGUAGCCUACAGUGAAGCAGCGCUAAGAAACAAUAUGGUUUUUGUGGAAUAUUGUAGAACUUCCAUGUCUGCACUAUCAGGUUCUACUGCUGGUAUCUUAGGAUUGACUGGUCUCUAUGGAUUUGCAUUUUAUGUGUUAUCUGUGGUUGUACUCUGGAUGAUGUUUAUGAUCAAAGCUGGACCCCACUGGAAAAAAUACUAUGUAUCCCGACAAAGUCUCCUUACCAAUGGAUUCUUUGGGGCUCUUUUCACUUACAUUCUAUUCUGGACAUUUAUAUAUGGAAUGGUGCAUGUAUAUUAAGCAUUUAAUAGAAUAUUAAGCUAGAUAUAAUAUAUUUUUUAUUAUAAUAGUAAAUUAUUGUUACAAGUGUAAUUCCAU